CACCUCGGCCUUCCUACACUAGUUGGCUUGACAUGGCAUGGCCUCGCAAGCUGCUGUAGUGGUGCCAGGGGGGGUGCCUGUGCGCCCCGUGGGGAAACAGGGGGAUGAUGCUUCGCGCAGGGUGUGUUUGGAGGUGGAGGGAGUGGCAAUGGCUAUCUUGCGGAGGAAACGGAGAAGGGCCGGGGGAUACUUAUGUAUAUAACCUUGACUUCCUGGGGCCUUGUCAUGGUGGGCAAUGGAAACGGGGGAGAUACAUCGAUCUCGCUAGUUUUGCAGUGUUCACGAUACCAAACUUACACGCACGUCGCAAGCACUCCAGGAUCUUUGUCCGGACCUCCUAACACGAAGCAAUCACCAAGAUCUGGCCCCUCCUCUUUGCCCGACCGAAGUAGGCAACCAGGCGAGACCCAAAAGACGACGCAAAAGAUGCGCUGCUCAUCAACCUGUGUUGCCGCCAGCGCACUGGUGGCUUCAGCCAUCGCGACCAACGUCCCCCAAGCCGAGCCAGCCCGUGUGGUCCGAGAGUUCCAGCCACGCCAGGCCAACGGGGAUGGUGCGCCAGGCAACCUACUCUCCAGCCUGCUGGAGCUCGCCAAUGCGUUCGACCUGACUGUCUGCAUUCCGGGAGCGCUGUCGCUCGUCGGCGAGCUGCCGCCUAUCCCGUCAGGACUGGUCAACAACGACAUCAUCACGCAGGUACUCAGCCAGACGACGCUGGCGUCCGACCAGAUCUGCGACUUUUCGAUUACUGGCAAGGCCGGAGAGCAGAUGACGAGCUUUCUGCCGACAUGGUACAGCUGGUACUCGGCGUACUCGUCGACGAUUGACCACAUCAUCUCGCAGUAUGGCUGCACCAAGGCGACGAGCCUGGUCCACACGGUCGAGGACUACCAGACAUGUCCCGCGGUAUCGGGCAUCAUUGCGAGCGGCAUCACUGCCGCGUCGACGACGACUUCGACAUCGAGAGGUCCGGCGCAGACGAGUGCUGCCACGACAACGAGCAGCAGCAGGCCCGCCGCCUCGAGUGCAUCGACACCGGCGCCGGCUCCGCCGAACGGGAGUCCUAGACAGGCGGGGCAUGUUGUCGCGGCGGCGGCGGUGGCCGGGUUGGCAGGUCUUGUAGCCGCGUUGUGAGGGGAGGUGGUCGGAUCGGAUGUCAUGAUCUUGCUUGGCAGACGGCAGGGCUUGGGGAUCCAUCGCGAACGAGAGGCAAAGAGAGAGGAUGGGGAUAUCGCUGAGAAUGG